AUGGCGCAACCUGAAUCCGCCGAGGGCAUAUCGACCCUAUAUGACCCCAUUGACAAGGAUGCAGCGGAGCAACACUGGUCUCAGGUAUUUCGUUCUCGAACGGCGCCUCUGGCGGACAUCGCUCCCUCUAUGGGCAGAUCAUCGACCGUUGUGGGGAGGUGGAAUGUUGAAAUCGAGGCUAUGGAGCGUCAGGUGCUAGCCGCCAAACAACUUCGGAACUCGCACACGCUUCCCUGCAUGGUGCCAUCCGAAGUGCUGGUGCAUAUCUUUCAGCAUCUUGCGCGUGCGGCACCCGUGGGCGGAACCACGCUAGGCAAUUUGGGAUGGGCAGUAGUAUCGCAUGUUUGCCGACAUUUUCGCGCCGUCGCGCUUGCCCAUGGAACUCUAUGGAGCCGCUUGUCUAUCAGCGGCAACUAUACUCUCUGGGAUACGCUACUUUCUAGAUCCCGAGAUGCAUUGAUAUCCAUAUAUGGACGUAUGAUUCCAUCCAGGGCAUCCCGAUACAUCGGGUCAGUUCUUCAGCACAUUGCCCGCGUGCAAACAUUGGACAUAGAUCAAAUUCCAGUCCCUUCUCGCGUGGAGGAAGGAGACCAUUCUCUGAUACACCUCCUCCAGGCUCCUGCGUCAGAACUCAGACGUCUGAAACUAGUCACGGAGCAUUAUUACGCGAGCGAUUCCGUACGUCCUGAGUUAGGACGUGAUUUCCUCAGGGCCGCGCCAAAGCUGGUCUAUCUAGACCUCCUUCGCAUUGCGAUGUGUUGGAGUAUCUCAUCGCCCACCAAUCUUCGAUCACUCGUGCUUAGCGAGCCAAGAGAGAUCAAGUUCUCCCUUGAUGAUAUCUUACGGGGCCUCCAAUGUAUGCCGGCGCUUGAGCUCCUUUGCCUGACCUUUGCACUUCCCGAUGGCCGAUCAGCUGUGCGCGUCUCGCUGCCGCAUCUUCGCAUCUUAGUCAUCAAUGAUAUGGACGAGCGCUGUCUGUCCUUUUGGUCCUCUCUCAUCCUCCACCCGAUGUGCUCUGUCUACGUGAAUAUCACCGACCUCAUUGAAGACGACAGCACACUCCGCACGCUUAUGCAAAAUCACCUUGCAAUUCCUGGACGUCCCUCUUUCCGACAUAUCAGCGUUGAAAAUGUCGACUACAACGGGGAUAACAUCAAUUUAGCAGCCCACUCGGACUGGGAUACCAUGAUGCAGGAUGCAUCUCGCGAUGACAGCGAUCACAAACACGAUGUCGAUCAGAAUCCCGUGCUAUCAGUCACCUACCGGGCGAUGUUCAAGACCUGGAUACUCCCCUCACUGAUUCAAAUCUUUCCGAACGAAGUCAUAGAGACGCUAUGCCUCACAGGUGGCUCCCGCCAACUACCCGAUCACCUCGCUCAGAUAUUGAGCCAUCUCUCCCAGAUAUCAUUCCUCAAACUGAUCAGCACUCCUUUCGAUGACAAUGAAACCCUUAUGACAUAUCUCUGCUCACUCUUCCAGUGCCAAACUGAGCUUCUGGGUACUGGCGAAGCUGAGUCUGGGACUUACGAGAAUGUCUUACCUAGCUUGCGCAUUCUCCACCUUGAGUGCAUUCGCUUUGACCUCCGCCGUAGAUCGGACGGUGGAAGCAUAACAGUAGUCGAUACGCUGAACAAUGCGUUUAAACGUCGUCGGGUUGCCGGGCUCAGCAACCCAACUCUCAAGAUCACCGGAUCGGAACUCAAGGAGUCGUGGGUGAGGGCGUGGAAGGAGUGGGUAGAUGUCGAAUACGACGACUCCUGCUAUAUCACGGCUGAAGAUCAUGUGUCCGGCGGCGAGAGUGCGAGCGAUGGCGAAGAGUAG